UCCACAGCGUUCCUUCACUUCACCUUCACCAACAAAUACCAUCCAACAUGGGAGGCAAGAAAGCCGCCGGCGAAAACUCCAAAAAGGCCGCAGGAAACGCCCGUGUAUGUUCUUCCUCCAAUUUUCACCCCUCAUGCGGUGUAAUUAGCUACGCUACGCGCAAGAAUUAUUCUUACCCCGCCCCCGCUCAACCACCACCACCACCCCAUUCCGAAAAGUCUGCACGAUAACGGUAUACACGCAAGCUAACAAGAAACUCAUGGGGAUAGAAAGCCGAAGCCGCGGCGCAGAAAAAGGCCGUCGAGGAUUCCAAACGCGCCGCAGAGGAGGAUAAGCAAUGGUCCAAGGGUGCGAAGAGUAGUGCGAAGCGGUAUUUCCCCCCUCCCUUCUCUACAUUCUCCCCUCCAGACCAAAUUCAACCACCCCAAACCAAACCAAACAAACCAAAUAACUAAACGAGGAUGAUAUGUAGUGACGACGCCGAAGCCAAAAAAGCCGAAGCCGCGCGCAAAAAAGCCGAACGCGACGCUCUCCUCGCCGCCGAAGAAGCCUCCCAGCCCAGCAAACCCAAGAACACCAAGUCCGCUACCAAGAAAUCAUCCGCCGCCCCGAGCCGCGGAACCCUCGACCUCUCGCAGCUCGAUUCCUCAGACGGAGGCAGCAAGAAGGCUUCUGCGCUUAAUGCCUCGGGUAUCGAUAACGCGUUGGACGCAUUGUCACUGACGGGCAAGGAUAGUGGCAAGAUUGAUCGACACCCGGAGAGGAGAUUCAAGGCGGCGUAUGCGGCGUUUGAGGCGAGGAGGUUACCCGAGAUUGAGGCGGAGAAUCCGGGACUUAGGAGGAAUCAAAGGGUUGAGUUGUGUAAGAAGGAGUUUGAGAAGAGUGAGGAGAAUCCGUUUAAUCAGGUGCAUGUGGCGUUUGAUGCGAGUCGGGAGGAGAUUGCGAGUGUGAGGGAGGCGGAGAAGAGGAAGGUGGAGGCGAGGUUGACUCGGUGAGAUUCUUUCUUUGGGGGGGUUAUUUGGUUGGGGGAUAGGUUGGGAUGGGUAUACCCGCUCUGUAUAGAGCCAUGAGGUGAUAUUAAGUAUAGACACCGCAAUGCAGAAUGAUCACGAACAAUGGU